UAGGCACAAUUAAAAUGAGAAUAUAACAAGAAUUAUUCAGUUCUCUCACACUUCCUAACUAAUGCUCAGUGGGCUGCACCUACCCCCACCUACCCCUUAUGUUUCAAAGAGAAAAAUGGAGGUUGGUUUUCAGCUUUCACUUUCAUUCUGAAUAGAACUGUCGAUAUGCUGAAAAGCAAAGUAUAGACAAGUACAAGGGUCUCAGAGGGAGAUUCUCACAGUGAAAGGGAUUAACAGGAAAAAGAAACUGGAUUAAAGUGCAGAAAGUUGCUUUCAGUUUUGUUCUGACGGUACCAAAGGGAAGGUAUAAGCAGAGACGCACAGUGAGGCGCAGAGAGAGGAGCCUUAUACACUGACUGGAAAAAGAAACAGGAUUAAAGUGCAGAAAGUUGCUUUCAGUUUUGUUCUGACGGUACCAAAGGGAAGGUGUAAGCAGAGACGCACAGUGAGGCGCAGAGAGAGGAGCCUUAUACACUGACUGAAUAAUGUCAAGAGGAGUUGUGAUGUCACACCCUGUGUGUCUAAUUGAAAAUCAGAAUACCCCAGAGGGGUAUAAACUCGUCAUCAACCAGAAAGCAGUGCAGAUCCUGGAGGACAUCACGGAGCCGGUCGUCCCUGUGGCGAUCGUAGGGAAAUAUCGCACGGGAAAAUCUUAUCUGAUGAACAAACUGGCAGGAAGCAAUGAUGGAUUUGCUCUGGGGUCCACCAUCCAGUCCAAGACCAAAGGCAUCUGGAUGUGGUGUGUUCCUCACCCACACAAACCUGGGCACACCCUGGUACUGCUGGACACGGAGGGACUGGGGGAUGUAGAAAAGGGAGACCGGAAGAAUGAUUCCUGGGUAUUCUCACUGGCGGUUCUUCUCAGCAGUACUCUGGUGUAUAACAGUGUCGGCACCAUUGACCAAGAAAGCCUGGAGAAACUCCAUUAUGUAACAGAGCUGACAGAGCGGAUAAAGCUUAAAGCCAAGACUUCCAAUGAUGAUGAUGAGUCUGCAGAGUUCAAACGGACCUUCCCAUCCUUCAUAUGGUGCGUCCGAGACUUCACUUUGAAGCUGGAGCAGGAAGGGAAACAAAUUACAGAGGAUGAAUAUCUACAAAUGGCUCUUAAUCUCAAGCCAGGCUUCAGUAAAGCAGCACGAGAAUACAACUUCCCCCGGGAAUGUAUCACUCAUUUUUUCCACUCCCAUAAGUGCUUUGUGUUUGAGCGCCCAGCAUCUACAGAGGACCUACAACGCCUGGAAGAACUUUCAGAGUCACAACUUGAACCCAGAUUCGUAAAACAGGCGCACAGAUUUUGUGACUUUGUGUUCAACAACAGCCAGACCAAGACCUUGGCAGGAGGACAUUGUGUUACUGGGAGAAUGCUGGGGACUUUGGCUGUCACAUAUGUGGAGUCUAUCCGGAGUGGCUCAGUCCCCUGCAUGGAGAACGCUGUUCUGGCCCUUGCCCAGAUUGAGAAUACAGCCGCCAUUCAGAAGGCACUGUCUGUCUAUGAGGCUGAGAUGAAGCAGGCAGAAGGCACGUUCCCUACAGAGACACAAGAUGAGUUCCUGAGCAAGCAAACGCAAUGUGAGAAGAAGGCAGUGAAGGUUUUUAUGGACAGGUCAUUCAAGGAUGAUAAAAGAGAGUAUCAGGGCAAACUCAUGGGGGACUUGCAACAAAAACAUCAAGAGUUUGCUAAACGCAAUGAAGAAGCAUCGAUACACAAGUGUCAGGAUCUCCUGCAGGUCCUCAGUGCCAAUCUGGAGAAGGGGAUCAAAAAUGUAGUGUUCAGCAAGCCUGGGGGGCACAAGCAGUAUUUGAAGGAGAAACAGAAGAUAAUGGAUACCUAUAACAAUAGCCCUGGGAAAGGGAUAAAGGCUGCUCUGGUUCUGCAACAGUUUAUAGAAGGAAAGAAGAACAUCGAGAUGACGGUCCUGCAGGCUGACGAGUCUCUGACAAAACAACAGAAAGAAAUGGAAGAGGAAAAAAUGAAAAAGGAAGCGGCUGAGAAGAAACUUCAGGAGGAGAAGGAGAACGCCAGGCAACUGGAACGGACGAGAAAGGAGCAGACUCAGAGACUGGAGCAGCAGGCCAUAAUGCUGAAGGAGAAACUGGAAGAGGAACGGCACAUGCUUCUAAAGGAAAAUGAAUGGAUGAUUAAGGAGAAAAUGAAGGAAAGAGAGAAGUUGGCGCAGGAAGGGCUCCAUAACAAGGCCGGGAUGCUGGGGGAACAGGUGAACGCUCUGCAACAUCAGAAUAAUGAGAUCUCCAGCCCCAACUGGAUCUUGGAAGGCAUUGGGACUCUGGUAGAAGUGGCGUCACUUGCCCUACCAGGGGCCUUUGGCAAAGCGGCAACUGUGGUGUCCAGCUUUAUAAGACGAAUAUUCUGAUGUCUAGUUAUAUGAUAAAAUUACUAAUGUCAGUUGAAGAAAUAGUUAAUGUCUUGUAUUUCCCUGGCAUCUUAUAUGCAAUGUGCCUUUUGUGCCUGUGAGCAAUGGGCAAAUCAUUAUUAAAUGCUGAUCCAAUGUUCUCCUAUAUUAUUGGUAACAUCAA